UAAAAUGGUCUUUUGACAGUCAAAAAAAAAAAACAAAAAAAACAAAACGUGUUUCAGUACAAAGUGGAAAGAGAUUCAAUAAAACUGUCUCCAAAAUGCAAAUAAAUGUCUAUUUCAAAUAAAAAAACGCGGUCAAGAUGGGUUGUGUGUGUCUGUGUGCUUUAUCUAUAAUUAUUACACACUGAGUGGCCAGGUAUUGGAACGUUGACUUCAUCAAUAGAACGUCUCUUAACGAUCCAAUGGCGGAUUGCUGCUCCUCUUCCGAAACACUCCCUGAAUCAUGGCAAGUGUUCAUCAACUUCCGGGGAAAAGAACUUCGCAGCGGUUUCAUCAGCCAUCUGGAGAGAGGCUUAAACGAUGCUGAAAUCAAGUACUACGUCGACACGAAAGAGAAGAUCUUAGCAUCCUUUUCACUAGGAUCGAGCAGUCCCAAAUCGCUGUGUCCAUCUUCUCGAGCAUGUACGCUGAAUCAAAGUGGUGUUUUUGGACGAGCUGGUGAAGAUCAUGGAACAAGUGAAGAAAGAUAAACUCAGAAUCCUCCCUGUGUUUUUCAACGUGGCACCUGAGGAAGUGAAGGAGCAGAAAGGGGAGUUCGGUAGAAAGCUAUACGCUGAAGGUAAAAGGAAACGACCAAAUAUGCCUGAUUGGGAGAAUGCUUUACAGUCUGUUCCGAGCAAGUUAGGUUUGAAUCUGGCAACUUGUCGGAACGAGAAGGAGCUUGUUGACAAGAUCGUUGAUUCGGUUAAAAAAGUGCUUGCCAUAAGCAGAGGAGGAAGAUAGAAGCAUCUCAAUGGAAUCUCUACGGAUCUCUCAUCUGUAAGUUAUAGUGGAAAUAUUCCCACUAAACACAUUGAAAAGCCUAAAGCAUCGCCUCUGGUUGACUUUGGAAUAAGCCAACGCCUUAAGCUUUUUGAAGAUAAGUUAGAUUUUGAAAAUUGCCUCGAAACUCAGAUUUUUGGGAUAGUUGGAAUGCCUGGGAUUGGUAAAACAGCUCUCGCUGAUAUGCAUUUCAAGAAGUGGCACAAUAGGUUUGUGUUUACAAAGAAUAUCAAGGCGAUACGUGAGGAGUCAGACGACGAAUCGGGUUGGCUGAAGGACAUACUUCUGAAUGGUAAAGAGUUGAAUGAAAAGGCUCUCAAAUGUUCAACGGGAAGAUUUUCCUUGUUUUGGAUGAUGUGAGCCAUAAGAACCAAGUCAACUUCUUACUCGAAAACCUCGAAUGGAUCAAGAAAGGAAGCAAGAUUGUCAUUACAACGCGUGACAAGUCAUCCAUCGCAGGUAUGGUUCAGGAUACUUAUGUCGUCCCUGGACUGAACGAUAAAGAAGCCUUGGAACUCUUUAAACAUCAUGCCUUUAAAGAAAAAGUCUCUAGCACCAAGGGGAACUUUCCCAAACUAUCAAAAAAGUUUGUGGAUUAUGCUGGAGGCAAUCCACUAGCCCUUGAGGAAUUGGGAAAGGAGCUUUGUGGGGAAGAAUAGCCUCACUGGGAGAGAAGACUAUUAACACUACCACAUUGUUGUAAUCCAAAGAUCCUAACUGAGUUGAGAAUCAGUUACGACAAACUAAGUGAUCAGCAGAAGGACGCGUUUCUCGACAUAGCUUGUUUCUUCAGAUCAGAGGAGGAGGAUUAUGUGAAAUGCUUACUAGACCCCUAUGGACCUGAGUCUGGUGAAGUUGUUAGAGAUCUUGCUGAAAAGUUGUUCAUCUGUAUCUCUGCCGGCCGAAUAGAGAUGCAUAAUUUACUGUGUACAAUGGGGAAGCAACUUGGUUCAUCAUAUGAACAUAAGUGAGGAGAAAGAAUGUGGAGUUCUGACAAAAUUACUAACACCUUACGCUCAGAACAAGUGAUCCUCAAUCAGAAAAUAAAAAAGGUGAGAGGUAUAUUCUUAGACAUGUCCAAAGUUGAGACGGGAAUACCUAUAGACCCAAAGAUCUUUGUCGAAAAGUUCAACAAGCUGACUCUGCGGUACCUCAAGAUCUAUGACUCUCUUUGUCCUCAGAAAUGUGAAGUUGACUCUAAAGUAAACUUGCCAGAUGGACUGGAGUUCCCUUUUAAAGAGAUUCGAUGUCUCCACUGGCUGAAAUUUCCAUUGGAUGAACUUCCACCAGACUUCAACCCGGAGAAUCUGAUUGAUCUUAGGCUGCCUUACAAUAAAAUUCAACGUGUUUGGGAAGCUAUUAAGGAUACACCAUGGUUGAAAUGGGUGGAUCUGAGUUACUCGACCAGAUUGACUGACCUGUCAGCUUUGUCAAGGGCAUUUUACCUCCGAAGAUUAAAUCUCGAAGGCUGCUCGAUUCUUGAGAAGUUGCCAAAAGAGAUGAAAAAUAUGAAAAGUCUUGUUUUCCUUAACCUCAGAGGAUGCAUCAUGCUCUCGUCUCUACCAGAGAAGCUGGAUCUAAUUUCCCUGAAGACUCUCAUCCUCAGUGGCUGCUCAAAUUUUAACAACUUCGAGCUGAUCUCUGAAAAUCUUGAAUCUCUACAUCUAGACGGGACUGCAAUUGAGAGUCUUCCUCGGACCAUGAAAAGUUUUAAGAAACUUGUGUUGUUGAAUCUUGAAAACUGCAAAAUGUUGGAGUUUCUACCUGAUUGUCUCGACAAGCUGAAGGCUCUUGAAGAACUAAUACUCUCUGGUUGUUUUAGGCUUCAGAGUUUCCCUGAUAUUAAGGAGAACAUGGAGAAUCUGCAGAUUUUGCUACUUGAUGGGACCUCAAUAAAAGAAUUGCCCAAGAUGUUAUUACACUGUGGUAACUUCAAAGACCAAGCAGUGUUGCAACAGUCACCUCGGAGGAAUAGCUUAUCCAUGUUACUGCGUCUAUGCUUGAGCAGAAACGAUAUGAUAUGCAGCCAACAAGAUAGCAUUAGUCAACUAUAUCACUUGAAAUGGAUAGACUUAAAGUAUUGCAAGAAUCUCACAUCUAUUUCAACGCUUCCACCAAAUCUUCAAUGCUUGGAUGCACAUGCUUGCUAUUCACUACAAACAGUAGGGAGUCCCCUGGCUAUUAUGCCAACGCAGCAGGUCCCCUCCUCAUUCAUUUUCACCAACUGUGAAAAACUGGAUCAUAUCGCAAAGAAUGAAAUCAUAUGCUAUGCUCACAAUAAGAGCCAUAUGAUUUCAAGUUCAUUGAAUCGGCACAAGACGGGUUUUGCUUUUGAAGCUCUGGUUGCCACUUGCUUUCCUGGAAGUGAAGUUCCCGCUUGGUUUAGUCACAAAGCUUCUGGAGCAGUGUUACAGCCUGAGCUGCCAGGACACUGGAAUGAAAGUGGGUUUGUUGGGAUAGCUCUAUGUGCUGUUGUCUCGUUUCAGGAUCAAAAAGUUCGAAACAACAACCUCAUGGUGAAAUGCAAAUGUCAAUUCAACAAUGUUGAGACAUCCUCAAGCUACUUUAACUGUCAUGUUGGACGUUUAUCAGAGACAGGCGACGAGCAAUGCACGAUUAAAUCUACUCAUGUAUUCAUUGGCUACACCAAUUGGUUAAAUAUCAACAAAUGUCAAGAAGAAGAUGGUGAGAAGAGAUGUGUACCUACUAAGGCCCUGUUCGUUUGGUUGCCGCAGGUUUCGGCGUCAGCGUCGGCGGCGGCGGCAGCGUCAAUGAAAACAGUUGUUGUUCGUUUCGCAGACGCUGACGCAGACGCUGCCGCUGCCGCUGCCGCAGAUUAUUGUUCGUUUAGAAGACGCACGAAGUUGAGGUCGACGCCGACGCUGCCGCAGGAAGCAAAUUUUUGGGUUGUUCGUUUGACAGACGCAGCGGCUAUUUUCAUUUUUUCAGAUUUAUUUUAAAUUUUUUAUAAAAUUGUAUUUAAAUAAAUCAAGUGUAGUUUAAACAUAUUUACAUCCAUUAAAAUAUUAUGUUUACUUGAUAAUAAUUUUUUGGUCAAUUAUACAAAUGUAAAUUAUACAAAUGUAACAUUUUUUUUUCAUACAUCAUAAGCUAAAUUAGAAACAAAAUAAUAAUUCAAAAUAUUUAUUAUAAACAAAAGCUAAAUAUUACAUCAAGUCUUAAAUAAAUAUCACAUUUACAUGACAAUCAAAGUUAUAAGCAAAAAAAUUAAAUCAUCAACUAAAACAUUUAAUACGGUAAACGACCUCUACCAUAUUCAUUUGUGAUGUUAUCACGCAAAUCUUCCAUCGCUCUAUCACCUGUCGGCUCAUAUACAAUACGUCCACCACCACCACCACCACCACCAUCUUUUUCAUCAUCAUGAUCAUCAUCACCUUCUUCUUCAUCACCGUCACUAUCAGCUUCUCCUUCUCCAUCAUCACCAUUUUGCCACUGUACAAAAUCAUGAUCUUCCCGAUGUGAAUCACGUAUGAAGUUGUGUAGCGCCAUCGUCGCUGUCACCAACUUAAUCCACUUGACCAGACCAUACUUUGGAUGCUUACGAUCCAAAAUCCUCCAUUUUGCUUUCCAUACUCCAAAUGUUCUCUCAAUCAAUGAAUCAAAACACAUAAGAUCUUAUGAUCAAUAAAUACUUUAUAAAUUUUAAACAAAUAUGGAAGAAAAGCAUAAAUAAAAAUCAUUCACAAUCCACAGUUUGAAGCAUACGUUGAGUGUUCCCUAAACACACACAAAUUAUUAAAAAAUUGAAAAAUCAAGUCAAGCCGUCUACUUUCUCCAAAUAAGACCAAACAACGUUCCAACAAUGUUCCAGGAAACAGAAACAAUUUAACUUCUACUUGACUCGGCAUAUGUUAACUUCUUAAAACAAUUUAAUACUAAGAAGCAACCCUUUAAGCUUCCCCAUGAGUGCAGACUCGUAAACCAAUACGUACUAACUACAAUAGGAUGUUUUUGUAGCCUGCACUUUAAAUUUAAAUAAUCAAACAAUCAUCAGAGAUUCAAAUAAUCAGAAUGUUGAAACUCUAUUUGACUAGCAUCAAACGUACCUCAACGAGAAAAAGAGAAGAGAGAGCUUGGAGAUGAGAUGAGCUCGGAGAAGAGAGAGUUUGGAGAUGAGAU